CGGGAGGCUCCCGGCCGCUGCCUGCGGGACCGCGGCCACAGGAGCCCGAGCGGGCGCUGGAGCGCGAGCGGGAGUGGUGCGGCGUCGGCCCGGGGAGAGCGGCUGCAGGGGCGCGGCGGCGGGAGCAGCCUCGAGCCGCGCAGUCGUGGGAGCCGCCGCGGCCGACGGGGGCCGCGCGCCUGGGCUCGCAGCCUCCACACCUGCGCGGGCGGCGGGCGCCGCGGACAGCGGGCGGCUGCAGGCAGGGGCCCCCUCCCCAGCUCGGCCACCUCCUCGCCCCGCGGCCGCCGCUGGAAGAUGUCUCAGGAGAGGCCCACGUUCUACCGGCAGGAGCUGAACAAGACCAUCUGGGAGGUGCCCGAGCGCUACCAGAACCUGUCCCCGGUGGGGUCGGGCGCCUACGGCUCGGUGUGUGCUGCUUUCGAUACAAAGACGGGGCAUCGUGUGGCUGUUAAGAAGCUGUCGAGGCCAUUUCAGUCCAUUAUUCACGCCAAAAGAACCUACAGGGAGCUGCGCCUGCUGAAGCACAUGAAGCACGAGAACGUGAUUGGGCUGUUGGAUGUGUUCACACCCGCAAGGUCCCUGGAGGAGUUCAACGAUGUGUACCUGGUGACUCACCUCAUGGGGGCAGACCUGAACAACAUCGUGAAGUGCCAGAAGCUCACGGAUGACCACGUUCAGUUCCUCAUAUACCAGAUCCUCCGUGGGCUGAAGUAUAUACACUCAGCUGACAUAAUUCACAGGGACCUAAAGCCCAGCAACCUAGCUGUGAACGAAGACUGUGAGCUGAAGAUCCUGGAUUUUGGGCUGGCUCGGCACACUGAUGAUGAGAUGACAGGCUACGUGGCUACCAGAUGGUACCGGGCUCCUGAGAUCAUGCUCAACUGGAUGCACUACAACCAGACAGUGGAUAUUUGGUCCGUGGGCUGCAUCAUGGCUGAGCUGUUGACCGGAAGAACGUUGUUUCCUGGUACAGACCAUAUUAACCAGCUUCAGCAGAUAAUGCGUCUGACGGGGACACCCCCUGCUUAUCUCAUUAACAGGAUGCCAAGCCAUGAGGCAAGAAACUACAUUCAGUCUCUGGCCCAGAUGCCGAAGAUGAACUUCGCAAAUGUAUUUAUUGGUGCCAAUCCCCUGGCUGUGGACCUUCUGGAGAAGAUGCUCGUUCUGGACUCGGAUAAGAGGAUCACGGCAGCGCAGGCUCUUGCACACGCCUACUUUGCGCAGUACCACGACCCUGAUGACGAGCCUGUGGCCGACCCUUACGACCAGUCCUUUGAGAGCAGGGACCUCCUUAUAGAUGAGUGGAAGAGCCUGACCUACGAUGAAGUCAUCAGCUUUGUGCCUCCGCCCCUUGACCAAGAAGAAAUGGAGUCGUGAGCAGCCAGUUUCUGUUGUCACUCCCACUUCACUGUGAGGGGAAGGCCUUUUCAUGGGAACUCUCCAAAUAUCAUUCAAGUGCCUCUUGUUGAAAGAUUCCUUCAUGGUGGAAGGGGAUGCAUGUGUGCGCAUAGUAUUUGUGUGUGUGUGUGUGUGUCUGUCUGUCCAUCUUUGUGGAAGUCAUGGCAGUGAUGUCACGAGUUGGGACUGCUCCUUGGCAACCUCUGCCUGUGCCCUCAGUCUCGGCAGGCCAGUGGGAACUGCCAGAUCGUCAGGUGUUAAGUGCAAAGGAAGAAAUUAAUUUACCCUGUUCCUACUCACACUUCUGCCACUUUGGCUCCUCCUGUGAGAGAGGCUGCUUCCGGUCUGAGGCCAUCCCUCAGCCAUGCGUAAAGCCGAAGAGAACCAGCUGGCUCCUGGGCUCUAUCCUGCAGUUGGCUUGCUUCAUGCCCUCAGAACUGAACCUGACAGGUGUGUUCAAAGCUGUCAAGUCUGUUUGUGCCUUAAAAGGAGAGAAGGGUGUGUAGUUAGAGAAUCACAGCUGCUGAUGUUCUGAGCCAGGCAAGCACACGUGGCCAGUGGUGAGCUAGAAGAAACCAGGCAGCCUUCAGGAGGGCCGUGUGCAUGUGUGUGCAUGCCUGUGUGUGUGGCCACCUUCCUCCACUUGAGGAGCAGCCAGCUUCUGUGCUCACCCUUCACCUCUGCAGAGGUGCCGUGGCAGGUGCGGGUCCCUGCCGGCAGUAGCUCCCUGUGCUCUUCACGCCUCGCAGAGGGCAGCCGUGUUUGCAUGCUGUGCCCGUGGAGCUUGCACAGCCCCUGUCCUGUUCUCUUCUGGAAGCCCUGGGCCAGGUUGUGGAGAUUGCUGGCAGCUCUCGCCCACGUUGCCUCCGCUGAUGCUGUAGGCACGUUGCUGCUCCUCGCUCAGCGCUACUUUGUAUUGAGCACAGCUGGUCCUCUGGGUGCUCGUGGUGCAGGAGAACAAGACAGGCGGAGCACCGGGCUCUCACCAGCUGACUGUCACCAAGUCGGGGACACAGAGUCUCCUAGGAAUGCCCCAGCUCUGGAAAUCACGUUCUUCUUCUCAUUCAUGGUAACCAGCCAAGAGAUGCUGAAAACCGAAGCAAGAAACAAACGCUCGCAAAGCCAAGAACUCCUUUCACUAUCUUUCUCAAAUACAGUUGUUAGAAAAAUACCAAGUAGUCAAGGUGCCUUUCCUCGGAAGGGCCCCCGGCAGCUGACACCGGCUGAUUGCAGUCUCGGUGUUGAUUUGGCGAGAAGUCAAUUUUGUCUUGGAAUUUUGUGUGUUGUAGGAAUCCUUAGAGAAUGUGAUUCCUUCUGAUGGGGAGAAAGGGCAAAUUAUUUUAAUAUUUUGUAUUUUCACCUUUAUAAAGAUGAAUCCUCAGGGGUGAAGAACUGUUUGCAUAAUUUUCUGAAUUUCGGGCACUUUGUGCUAUAUGAGGACCCAUAUAUUUAAGCCUUUUGUGCAGUAAGAAAGUGUAAAGCCAAUUCCAGUGUUGGACAUGACAGGUCUUGUAUUUAGGUCAAGGUGUCUCUGUUCUCGGUCAGUGCAGGGAACAUGCACGCUCCGGGGACCAGGGUAGGACCCUGAGUCAUCUGGGGCCCAGGAGGAGGCAGACCAGCCAGGCCUUGCUGCCCCAGCAUGCAGUUCAGCUCCACACCAUCCCAGCAAGAUGGAUUUUAGUAGCCAUGUCUGGUUACGCAUGUGAGUGAUUCCCAACAGAAUUCUGCUCUGGUUAUUUUAUCGAAGAUGUCUGCACAUGUGACCAUGCUGUUAGGAGGCUGCGCUCCGAUGCCUGGACUCUGCCCGGACUCGCGGCUGGAGCUGGCAGAGAGCGCCUGGCAUCCGCAGCGCAGUGCUGCCACCUCCCGGCUUCUCCAUCCGAGGACAAGGGAAUGAGGAAACUGCUGUUUUUCUGUAUUCAUGAACUUGGCUAUAAUCUGGUAUGCCAUAGGAUGUCAAGACAAUACCACUGGUUAAAAUAAAGCCUAUUUUUCAAAUUUA